UGCAGGCGAGGGGGCGGGCAGCGUUUGGUAGAGGCAUCAGAAACGGUUUUUUUCCCAAAAUAAAACCUGUCUUACUUGGGGGUGCAGAAAGGUGAUGUAUUUCAAUUAAAAAAAGGAUGUAGCCGUCCCACCGCAGUUUGCAGGACUCACACGUUAGGGGAAGGACAAGGGGAUUGAAAGAAGCCGCGGCCUUCAGUGAUUCGGAGCCGGGUCAGGCCUCACGGCCUGCAGGACGAGCAGGACAGCCAUGGCGUCUGCCGAGACCAUGGACCUGGCAGUGGAAGAGCUGGGCCUUUCGAUGGAUGAGAUCCGGGAGUGGAUUGACCAAGAGCUGGAUAAGGUGGACCUGCUGAAGCAGCGGCGUGCUGCCCUGCAGGAGCUGGAGAACUGGGUGGAGAAAAAGGAGGCCGAGAUGGCUCACGUCGACGGGCUCUUCGAAGACGCGUCCAGGUCGGUGGACAUGUGCGAGUUGAUGGUGAAGGACCUGUACAACAACCUGGGCCUGCAGUAUGAGGAGGCCUCCACGGAGGAAGGGACUGGGAAGGACAGCGCCAAGGUGUCCGAAGUGAUCGAGAUCCUGGACGACGACGAUGACGACGACGACGUGAUGGCCGUGGAACCCGUGGAGACGGGACGGGCCGCUGCCCCAGCGUCCACCACGUCGACCGUGACCGCACUGAGCAAGAUCACCCGCGAGCCGUCCCUGCUGCGCGAUGCCAUGGCGGCGAUGCGGAAGUCUGCCCGGGACGUUCAGAAGUUUGUGGAGGCUGUCUCCAGGAAGCCGCCCCCAGCCUCGGUGUGCCUACUCCGAGCCGUGACCACGGCAGCAGAGACCGAGAAGGGCGGGCAGCCCGGGCUGGCCUUCUCUGUGCCGUCUUCGCCCGCCAGCACCCUGUCGUCCACCUGCAGCACCCACCCGCGCCCGGCUCGCCUGGCUGCCCCACAGCCCCCCGCUGCCAACCCGCCUCAGGCGGCCACCUCAGUCGUGGAAGAUGGCGAGGUGGUGAAGGACGGCGACCUCUUCAAGGGCAUGCGGAUUCUGGGCAAGAAGCGCACCAAAACCUGGCAUAAAGGGGUGCUCAUUGCCAUCGUAACCACGGGCAACGCGAACAAGUACAAGGUCAAGUUCGACAACAAGGGCAAGAGCCUGCUGUCGGGGAACCACGUCGCCUACGACUACCACCCGGCUGCGGACCGCCUGAUGGUGGGGAGCAGGGUGGUCGCCAAGUACAAGGACGGCAACUCGGUGUGGCUGUACGCCGGCAUCGUGGCCGAGACUCCCAACAACAAGAACAAGACGCGGUUCCUCAUUUUCUUCGAUGACGGCUACGCCUCCUACGUCAACCUGUCGGAGCUGUAUCCCAUCUGCAGGCCGCUGGCCAAAACCUGGGAGGAUAUCGAGGACGUCUCCUGCCGGGAUUUUAUCGAGGAGUACAUCACGGCCUACCCCAACAGGCCCAUGGUGCUCCUAAAGAACGGCCAGCAGAUCAAAACCGAGUGGGAGGGCACCUGGUGGAAGUCUCGGGUCGAGGAGGUGGACGGUAGCCUGGUGAAAAUUCUCUUUCUGAAGGACGACAAACGCUGCGAGUGGAUUUACCGUGGCUCUACCCGCCUGGAGCCCAUGUUCAACCUGAAGAUGACCACCGCCUUCCGCCAGGGUGGUCAGAGCGGGCAACAGCGGACCCGGCCCAACGUCGGUGCGGUUCGGACCAAGGGGCCGGUGGUGCAGUACACACAGGACCUGACUGUGAACACCACCCAGAGCCCUCCGCUCUCACGUCCCUCCAAUCCGCAGCAGUCUCUCCCCCUGCCUCAGCAGCCCCAGUCUCCCGUCGACAAGACCGAUGCAGGGAGCUUGGCGCUCUCCCGGAAGCAGGUGGCGAAGAAGAGCACCGCGUUUCGGCCCUCGCCCCUGCCCACCCGAGCGACCGAGUCCGCCCCCUCUGCCUCAGACGUCCCGGCAGCGGGUGAGGCCCCACCCGCAGGCAAGCCAGCCCCGGGGCCCCAGCAGUACAGGGUCGGGGCACUGCCCAGCGGUGCCCCGGAGCCUGCCGCUGGGGCGCCCCCUGCCCCGCUGCCUUACGAGCUCUUGGACGAGCCCAUGCCAGUGGAGGUGCCGUACAAAGCGCCCACCGAGAAGCUCUUCUACGUGGCGCACGUCUGCCAGCCGGCCUGCCUGGCCCGCCCGCUGCCCGUGAGCCGCGGGCAGUACCGGGGCCGCAACCCCAUGCUGGUGCCCCUGCUGUACGACUUCCGGCGGAUGACGGCGCGCCGCAAGAUCAACCGCAAGAUGUCCUUCCACGUGGUGUACAAGGGGCCGUGCGGGCUCUCGCUGCGCAACAUGGAGGAGGUGGAGCAGUACCUGUCUGCCACCCGGGCCGACUUCCUCUACCUGGAGAUGUUCUGCUUCGACCCCUACGUGCUGGUCGACCGCAAGUUCCAGCCCCAGAAGCCCUUCUACUACAUCCGGGACAUCACUCGCGGCGCGGAGGACGUGCCCCUCUCCUGCGUCAACGAGAUCGACACCACCCCCCCGCCCCAGGUGGCCUACAGCAAGGAGCGCAUCCCCGGCGAGGGGGUCUUCAUCAACACCCACGCCGACUUCCUGGUGGGCUGCGUCUGCACCGACGGCUGCAAGGACAGGUCCAAGUGCGCUUGUCUUCAGCUGACCACCCAAGCGACGGCCUGUAACCCAGGCGGUCAGAUCAACCACAACGCCGGCUAUCAGAGCAAGCGACUGGACGAGUGUCUGCCCACGGGGAUCUAUGAGUGUAACAAGCAGUGUAAGUGCAACGAGGGCAUGUGCACCAACCGGCUGGUGCAGCACGGCCUACAGGUCAGGCUUCAACUCUUCAAAACCCAGAACAAGGGCUGGGGCAUCCGCUGCCUGGACGAUAUCGCCAAGGGCUCGUUCGUCUGUAUUUACGCAGGUAAAAUCCUGACCGACGACUUUGCAGACAAGGAGGGCUUGGAGAUGGGCGAUGAGUACUUCGCCAACCUAGACCACAUCGAGAGCGUGGAGAAGUACAAGGAGGGCUACGAGAGCGAUGCCAAGUGCUCGUCGGACAGCAGUGGCGUCGACCUGAAGGACGAGCAUGACAAUAGCGGCACUGAGGCGGAAGAUUCCAGUUCGGACAGCUCCGACCAGAACUUUGGCGGCAACGAUGACGCCUACGUGCCCAGCUCGGUGUGGCGCAGCUACGUCACCCGCACCAAGAGCCGCGAGCAGAAGGAGAACGGCUCGGAGGCCGGGCUGCCCCGCCAGGAGGACCCCCCUCUCGCCCCCGGGGCUGUGCCCCCCAACCCAGGCCCGGCCGCCCCCUGCAAGCUGCCCGUCACCGAGGAGACGGCCAAGCACAAAGUGGCCUCUUGGCUCAGCGCCCUGCGGGUGGCGGACUCCCCCAUGGACUCCUCCAGCCACUCCCCCUUCAGGCCAGCAGACGCAUCGGCGGGCGAUGCCAAGCCCCUCAAGGCCGAGGGGCCCAAAGAGGAGGGCGGGCCGCCCAAGGAGGAGGAGGAGGAGGAGGGAGGAGGGCCGGAGGAGGAGGAGGAGGACGAGAAGACCAAACCCAUCGAGGUGGACGCCAAGCCGCUGGGCAAGCAGGAGGCGGAGAAGAAAGAUCCCAAGAUGGAGUCGGCCGAGGUGGUCGCCAUCAAGAAUCCCGAAGCGCCGCCACAUCUGAAAAUAUCCUCGCCGUUCGACAACACGUGCCGCAACUUUGGCUACAACCCGCGGCCGGCCAGGAGCGAGGGGAUCCGCCGUCCCAUCAGCAAGACCACCCUGCAUCAGGCGCGCCGCAACUCUGCCCCCGCCCCUGUGGCCAAAGAUGAGGUGAUGACCUUGUCGAGCAGCUCUGACACUGAGAUGGAGACAGGCACACAGACCAGUGGGAGCCGGAAGCCGGUGCAGGGACAGACCCCAGUUACUGUCGCUGCCAACGACAGCGAUGACGUCCAGACCAUCUCCUCGGGCUCUGACGAGGCGGACAAGAAAGAUGAGAGCGACCCGAAGGACACAGACAGCGUCAACAAGAGGCAGGUGGCUGUCAAGUCGACCCGGGGCUUUGCUCUGAAGUCUACCCACGGCAUCGCUGUAAAGACCAGUAACAUGGACAAGGGCGAGGGUGGCAGCGGCUACAGGAGCACCCGCCAGUUCUACGAUGGCGAGGAGUCCUGCUACAUCAUCGACGCCAAGCUGGAGGGCAACUUGGGCCGUUACCUGAACCACAGCUGCAGCCCCAACCUGUUUGUGCAGAAUGUGUUUGUGGACACACAUGACCUGCGCUUCCCCUGGGUGGCCUUCUUCGCCAGCAAGCGGAUCCGUGCUGGCACUGAGCUGACCUGGGACUAUAAUUAUGAAGUUGGCAGCGUGGAGGGCAAGCAGCUGCUCUGUUGUUGUGGUUCUACAGAGUGCAGGGGCCGACUGCUGUAGGGACCCCCACCCCAGACCUGCAAUCCCCUCCGUCGCUCCCCCUGCCUCCCGGCUUUCCCUUGGCACGGCAGCCAUCUCCAGUCGAUGGUGUACGGGGGGGAGGGGUGACCCCCUAACCACCCCGUUGCCCUCUGCUGUCCUUGGCAGUGGGGGGGAAUUUCCCCUGAGGGACCCUCUCUGCCCUGUGCCCAUCAUUCACUUCCCAGUCAGCGCAGUCCGUCACGGAGGGUCUCACCUGCUCCACCACCUCCCCUGCCCGACUCACUCGGAGUCCCCUUGCCCUCUGUGCCCAUCAUGCUCUUGGCUAACCUACGGUGACGACAGAGCAUCGUCUUUCUGUCCCGUACUCUGGUGCCUGGCACCCACACGUGUCCCACCUUUUGGUAACCCCUCCCACCCCCACUGUAGAGGGUGACGAUGGACGGGCACAGUUCAGACCACCCCCAUCCCCCCAUCAGUGUCUCUGGGCAGUGCAACACCGUCGCACGCGGUUUGUGUUUACCCCUCCCGAUCUUACUAAAUAAAACGUUGUGGUCUUUGUUUUUAUACUGAAACUAAA